GUCCCUGGAACAUCACGUAACAUAUUAUGAAAAUGUUUUUAAACAUGAUAUGUAUGCGCAUCAUUCAUUCAUUGUAUCUAUUAAGAAUGCAAAUCUAUAAUGUCAUCUGGAUUUCAUUACUUGAACAUAAAGAAAAAUAUUAUUCUUAAAUACAAGUAAACACAUUUGUAGGAGUUAUCAAACACAUUGAAUAACGUAAUGCGAGAUAUUUGUAUUUUAUAUGUAAAAACGUAUAUGAAUGUAUUGGUUUAAAAGAAUCGUAAAUAAAACGUUCGACACCUUAUCAGUACAAAAGCGUGACAUGUAUUUAAUGGUGGUGGAUUAUCAGAUAAGAUAUUUUAUACUAGCUUGCGAACUUUGUCGUGGCUGAUAAACACUUCAGUAUCAAUGGAUAUUGCUCGAGAUAAACGAUAGAAACUAUAUAAUAUAUGCAAUAAAAAUUAUACACAUAUAUAUACAUAUCGGUCAUAUUAUACAAAAAAUGAAAUGUUCACAAAGUGGAUCUUUACACACGAUAUAAUUAUUAUAUUGCUUUUAUAUUCCGAGACAACAUGUGCCGUGAAUACAAACAAUACAAAUGCGAAUACAAACGUGAUGAAAUACGCUGGUAUUGUAGAAAAUAUUACAGUGCACGCUUUAAAAGACGAAAGUUACGGAAAUGAUCGUGGUGCGUUGAAGUCACUGAGAUUGAAUAUAUCUUGGAUACCGCCAAAAGAAGGAAAAGAACCGUCUUCGUACAGUGUCAUAGUCACAAGUAUUUCAAGAGAAGACGACACAAGGGAAGAAUGUACAGAAGGUUCUGGAUUUUAUAGUGUGCCGAAUAAAAGCCCGUUCAGUCUAUUGGUGCCGCAAAAUAAAGCAUUGAACAGCAUAUCGGAAAUACAAAUACAUCCGAAUUGCACAUACAGAAUACAAGUACACGCUAAUCCAAGAGCUAAACCCGCAGGACAGUUACCAGAGGUCAUCUACACAGUUCCCGAAUGUGUAGAGCGUAAAUGCAGCUGUGUAGCUGCGAAACUCAAUUUGCCUGUUCCGGAGGUGGAAGUGACUCAGGUGGAAGAAGAUAUAAUUGUAAAUUGGAAUGUCACGUCGUACAGUUCUUAUAUUCAGUCUUACGUGAUCAGUAUUGGCAUGCCAUUUUUGAUUUCAAACGCGGGUCAUCCUGUGUACAAUAUUACCAGGAUAACUAACGUAACUUCUACAACAAACACCUUUAUUUGGAAUUCAAGAAUUGAUGAUGAGUAUGUCGAUAUUAAAACUGGAUACAAAAUAUUUGUGGCAGCGGUGGAUCAUCGAGGUUGUUCAGGAACACGAGGUGGCGUCACUGUCAAUAUAAACAAAACUACCACAUUACAUAGAAAUAUUAUAUACUUUCUGCUUACUGGUGUCAUUAUUUGUGUUAUACUAGGAUUUAUCAUUAUUAUGUCAGUACAUAAGAAAAAUAAACAUCGCUGGCAAACCUAUUUCCCUUUAAGAAAACAAAAUAUGUCUGAGUUUGCAUUUAAGUUGAGUCAGUGGCCACAUCUCGGGCAUCAGAAAUUCAACAUUAGUUUAUAUAAAGAACAACAAUCCGAAGAAGCUCACUGCAGCAAGACACAAACUGACAAAUUUGAAGUAUCACAUGAAUGCAUAAAUUUGAUUUGUGAAUUAGGAAGAGGACAGUUUGGUACGGUAUACUUGGGCUCCUUGAAUAAUAACAAAGAUACGUUGGUAGCUGUUAAGAUGUCUCAAUGUCAAGAUGUGUAUGACGAACCUGAAGCGAGGUAUCAAUUAUUAGAAGAAAUUAAAAUGAUGAAAACAGCUGGUUCUCAUCCAAAUUUAGUGAGCUUCAUAGGUUGCUGCACUUCACCAGAUACUCCUGUAUGCAUACUUUUAGAAUAUAUGAAAGGGGGAGAUUUGCUUGCAUAUUUGCACUCCAGAAGAAAUAUUGAAUGUGACAAUGUAAUUUUGUGCACUUUUGAAAGAAUUGCCUCUAGAUAUGCAAAUAUCAUUGGCAAAGAUAGAAAUAGAGAUGGGAAUUUAUGUAGCAUAGUCGAAAAGCAACAAUUUUUACUGUUUGCGCUUGAUAUUGCAAGAGGAAUGGAACAUUUAGAAGCUGCAAAAAUCACGCAUAGAGAUUUGGCAGCAAGAAACAUUCUUCUCACUUCAGAUUUAACACUAAAGAUUUCUGACUUUGGUUUAUCACGAAAUGGAGCGUAUGUAAUAAACAAUAACAUGAGCAAAGUUCGUCGCCUCCCGUUACGUUGGAUGUCACCAGAAGCGGUGCGUGAUUAUGCUUUUUCUACCAAAAGCGACGUGUGGUCAUUUGGUGUUGUUCUCUGGGAAAUCGGAACUUUAGGAUCUUUUCCAUACGCCACCAUACCAGAUGACGAGUUAAUGCAUUAUUUAAUUCAGGACAAAUGUCGCUUGGCCUGUCCCGAUACUGUUUCUCAUGAUAUAUAUGAAAUUAUGUGCUCUUGUUGGGACACAGUAUCACAAAACAGACCCACUUUUGCGCAACUUGUUUUAGAUCUACAAAGACUAACAGAACCUACACAUUCUGUGCUUGAACAACAAAUGUACAAUCCCUGUUAUACUCUGCUAUCUGACUAACAUAACUUAAAAUUGUUGCGAGUAUGCGUAAGGAUCAGAUGUAAACAAAACAAAAAAAACUACUAUUUUCUUAAAAAACACGAGAGUACUGAUAUUCUUUAAUUAAUAUGUGGCAUAUACUCUGUAUGUCAUCACAGUCAACAGUAAAUAAGCGGUAGUGUAAGUUAAAAAAUAGUGAAAAAAAAACUUUAUAGCGAAUUUAACGUGUUUUUAACACUCUUUCGUGAGUGUUUUUAAUAUACUGUUUCUACAAAAAAUUAACAAAGUAUAGGUUAUGUCGAGAAAAAAAGGACUAUUUUUGUCACAUUACUCCGACACUGUCUGUCGAAUCUGAGAUAAAAAAAAAAAUGACAUAUAAAAACCACACGAUUUACAAACAAAUUCAAAGGAAACCUAAACCAGUAACUGUUCAAAAAGUUCACAUGUAAGUUUUUUUUGAAACAUGCUUCUUUUUACGC